AUGGACGGCCCCGCAAUUUUCUAUCAGGAGGAUGCUCGGAAACUCCUUCGUAACAAGAAAAUCAUCCUCGUUGGUGAUUCAAAUAUGAGAUCCCUUUACAAGGAUAUUCUGGUUUUGAUCCGAAAGAGUCGUUUAGCAACCCUUGACGAGCUAAAAUCAAAGGCUGAAUUCAGUUUUCAUGAUGAUAAAACAUUAUUGGUCUCGAAUGACACCGGUCUGGACUUCAAGGAAGUUCGACAGUAUAAUCUUGGCGAGUUCGACAUCACAUAUGCUUUUGUCGCGAAAUGUUGGCCGAACUACUAUCUUGACGAUCUUUUCAAAAAAUUGAAAGCUCGUGAAACGUCCAACCCGACGAUUUUGAUCAUGUCGUCUCUGUUGUGGGACGUAUCAAGGUAUGAACCGGGGAGUGUGCAGAAAUACAAAGAGUCUUUACAAGAGCUUGUGAAACAAGUGAAGGAAACCCUAGAACCUCAACAGUUCUUGUGGUUGACCAGCCCACCGGUUGGAAAUGCGAUAACCGCGUCCUUCCUUGGACAUACGGCUGAAAUCACGAAGGAAAUGUGUCGGUUCCAAGUUCGUCUGGGCAGGCAGUGGUGUGCAUCGCUGAUGGAAAAGGAAAACCUCGAUUUCUUCGAUCUCUAUUAUCACAUGAGAUACCUCUCGGAUUUUCGCUGUAAGGAUGAGACGCACUGGACUUCGAACGGUGUGCGUCUGAUGGUGAAUUAUCUUCUCACCCAUUUGUGCAUCAUGUGGAAAGUAAAUCCCCCAAGAUUGCGGCCGAGGGAGGUCGCAUUGAUCGAAUCAAGCACUUACGAUUCUUUGAUGAAGAGCCUGAACUUCAUGAGAGAGCAAGAAGGUGCUUGGCCAGACUGGCUGCAGAGGCGUAAGUAGUAUUUUUACCCACACGUGCUUAUUCAUUUUUGAACGUGCAUUUUUGAGCCUGCAAGCGGUUUUUUCAGAAGUCCUGGGAAUUCAUGAAACAUUGUAGUAGCAGGCGGAUGGAACCUGGCGGUUAGGUUUUGUCUUUUUUGCUAAUCAGAUGUACCUCUUACAAGCAGUUGAAAUUGACAUGCUAAUUAUGAAGGAGAAACAAUUCAAGGGAUCUCAAUUUUUGCUAAAAUCCUUACCCUAGCAGCAUCAUUCUUAUCUUCAAAAACAUGCGCAUGCCUCCGUUGUUCCAAAGAUUAUCCUCAGAGAUAAACUGAAAAGGCCAAUAUUUUCCGCGAGAC